AUGGAUCUGAUCAUGAAGAAAGGUUAUGCCAAGUUGCUGGUGCUGAGCGUCGGUUGGUUUCUCUUCUUCCUCAGUUUUUCUUCCAUACGUAAUGUCACCAGCAGCAUCAACCAUGAAGAUGGCCUGGGUUUAUGCUCGAUGGCCGGUACUUACGGAGGAUUCAUGUUGGCCUGCUGUAUUACUACUAGUAUAGUAAGGCGCUACACCACCAAAUGGGUCCUUGUUGUGUCUUUAGGCAUACAGAUAGUCUUCGUGUUGGCAAAUCUAAGCCGGAACCUCUAUCUGCUCGUGCCAAUUUCUGUUAUGUGUGGCGCCUCUCAGGCGGCAAUGUGGACUGCUGUCAGUACCUAUGUUGUGGAUCUAGUAGUGCAGCUCGAGGACAGAAGGUCUCUGGAAGUGCUUUCUAGAAGUCUUAAAGCUAGAAUGUUUGGCAUAUUUUUCUUCUUUGGAUCAUUGGCGCCUGUGUUUGGAGCUCUCUUGACUUCCUUUAUACUCUCCUACAACAGGAAUGAAGGUCUUCAUAUUUCAGUGGAACGUAACAUUACAAAUUGUGGAAGCCACGAGACUUUUACCUCUAACUGUAGCAAUGUGUCGUCUAUAGGUAACGUAAAUACGGGAGAGUACCGUUCUACAGAGACUGUGAACACAUUGUGUGGCCCGCGGUUCUGUCACGCUAACUUUGAUGAAUAUGCCGAAAGGGCUGUAAAGAAAGAAACGCGUACCCUUCUGUUCGGAGUCUAUACAGCUUGUAUGGCCAUUGCCCUGCUUGGUUAUGCUUUUCUUCUAGACGGCAGCAAAAGUUUGAAAGAAGUUCUAUGUUCUAGUGAAGUAUGUGUUGACUUCGCAAAGGACACCAAAUCAGUCUUUAAGCUCUUUGCGGAGUGUAAUUUUCUAUUGAUCAGUCCACUGAUUCUAUUCCAUGGAGUACAGACAGCUUUCUUCUCAGGCGAAAUCACGAAGGCUUUUGCUGGCUGUCUAUACGGAGUGGAUAUGGUCGGUUAUUUCGUGGCUGUGUAUGGUACCAGUGCUGCCCUUACCGCCUUCACAACAGGUUUCGCCUCAAAAAUUGUCAACCGAACAUUUCUUCUAUCUACAGCUGCAGUUGUGGAUCUGUUUGCUCUAGUUGCAAUGUUGAUAUGGAGUGCUGAGAAUGGCGACAUGCUGUACGUGUUUUCCCUUGCCUUCCUGUGGGGAAUAGGGGAAGGCAUAUGGACCACGCAUCUAAACAGUUUAGUUGGAGUCCUGUAUGCUAACAAACCAGAGGCCGCCUUCUCUGCCUACAACUUGGUUCUGUCUUUCGGAUUAACAGUUGGUUAUAUAUACUCCAACUAUGUGUGUAUGGAUAGUAAGAUAUACGUGACUGGGUGUCUGUGUAUUAUAGGUAUGUUUAGUUAUGCAAUAUUUACAAGGAAGAAACCGUCUUAUCAGACGCGGGAAGAAACCAUUAUAGUGCAAGUAACAGCAAAUACUGAUGUAUUGGAGACCGAACAACUAAACACGGACUCGUCCCAAACCGAAGAAUGAGGCCUUACAUCUCACAAUGUCUGACUCUAAACUAAGAUGAAUUCCAAACCGAGGAAUGAGGUUAAAAAGGAUACAUUCCAGACCAAUCGGUUCAAAACCAAGACACGUACAAGGGACCAGAUAGCGUGUCUGAUAUUUUCAGAUCGUACGAUAUACUACACAUGAAUGGUUCCAACUCCUAGAACGCGGACUAUGCCAAAACCCAUUAGGUUUGCUUUUACGUCUAAACAAUAUGCAUUAUGUCAAAACGUUCAGGACAGAACUGUAAAUGUAAUUUCGUUUUAAAAUGAAGCUGAGUCGUGGUAUGUACAGAUCUGUGAAGUACAGAGUAAUAUCGGGACCAACUUGUACUUAGGCGUGUUCGA